AUGGGUGGCGAACAGGUGGUUAUGAUUCGAAAACUGGGCUUUACCACUACAAUGAAGAGUAUGAUAUCUCAUGGUGAGACAAGCAACAAAUUUUUAGACACGGUUGGAUGGGGUCUCGAUGAAAAUAAACAGGUGAUUCUAGAUACAUCCAGUCAUACAUUCAGCGAAAAACUACCGCUCAAAUUUUCAAUGGAGUAUUCUGAAUAUACAGCAGGAGCUUAUACUCAUCAUAGCACGCUCAUUCAAAAACUUCUAUAUGGGGAAAGUUGA